AUGACCUCGAUAUACCGUUCCACUGAGCCUACGGUAUCGACUUUUAAUUCUCCUCACUAUGAACCGCAAUUGGUCGAGGGUGUCAGCUCGGUUUUGAUUGUCGGUUCAGGCGGUUUGUCUAUUGGUCAGGCCGGUGAAUUCGACUACAGUGGUUCUCAGGCAAUUAAGGCUUUGAAAGAGGCUAACAAGAAGACGAUCUUGAUCAACCCAAAUAUCGCUACCAACCAAACUUCGCACUCUUUGGCAGACACAAUUUACUACCUACCUGUGACUCCAGAAUAUAUCACCUACGUCAUUGAGCGUGAGAGACCAGAUGCGAUUCUUUUGACCUUUGGUGGGCAAACUGGCCUAAACUGUGGUGUUGCACUUGACAAGAUGGGAGUCCUGGAGAAGUACAACAUCAAGGUGCUUGGUACUCCAAUCAAGACUCUGGAGAUGACUGAAGACAGAGAUUUGUUUGCUCAAGCUCUACAAGAAAUUAAUAUUCCCAUAGCGUCUUCUAUUGCUUGCGAAACGCUGGAGGAAGCAUUGAGUGCGGCAGACGAGGUCGGAUACCCAGUGAUUGUCAGAUCUGCGUAUGCCUUGGGUGGAUUGGGUUCUGGCUUUGCCAACAAUGCCGGCGAAAUGAGAGAACUGGCUUCCCAAUCGCUAUCGCUAGCACCCCAAAUCCUAGUCGAGAAGUCGCUGAAGGGCUGGAAGGAAAUUGAGUACGAAGUGGUCAGAGAUAGAGUGGGCAACUGCAUCACUGUGUGCAAUAUGGAAAAUUUCGAUCCUUUGGGGAUCCACACUGGUGAUUCUAUCGUUUUUGCGCCAUCUCAGACGCUGUCUGAUCAAGAAUUCCACAUGUUGAGAUCAGCAGCUAUCAAAAUUAUCAGACAUUUGGGUGUUAUUGGUGAAUGUAACGUCCAAUACGCUCUGCAACCCGACGGGUUGGAUUACAGGGUUAUUGAGGUCAAUGCUCGUUUGUCCCGUUCUUCUGCUUUGGCUUCUAAGGCAACCGGAUACCCAUUGGCCUACACCGCUGCCAAGAUUGCUUUAGGUUACACCUUGCCAGAACUACCAAAUCCAAUCACCAAGACCACCGUGGCUAACUUCGAGCCAUCGCUCGACUACAUCGUUGCCAAAAUCCCUAGAUGGGAUCUAUCCAAGUUCCAGUAUGUCAACAGAGAUAUCGGUUCUGCCAUGAAAUCUGUUGGUGAGGUGAUGUCUAUUGGCAGAAAUUUUGAGGAAGCUUACCAAAAGGCUUUGAGACAAGUUGAUCCAUCUCUAUUGGGUUUCCAGGGAUCGGACGAAUUUGGUGACAAGUUGGAUGAGGCCCUUGCCGUUGCCACAGACAGAAGAGCAUUGGCCGUUGGCCAAGCUCUAUUGCACGAAAACUACACUGUUGAGAGAGUUCAUGAAUUGACUAAUAUCGAUAGCUUCUUUUUGCACAAAUGUAUGAACAUAGUCAACAUGUACAAGAAGUUGGAGGCUGUCAACUCUUUGGAAAGUUUGGAUAAGGAUUUGUUGCAGAAGGCAAAGAAAUUAGGAUUCUCUGACAAGCAAAUUGCAUUGUCAAUUAGCAAAGGAGCCAGCUGCUCUGUUAACGAGUUGGAUGUUCGCAAGGUGAGAAAACAAUUCGGUAUCAUUCCGUUCGUCAAGAGAAUCGAUACUCUCGCUGCUGAGUUCCCAGCUUCCACCAAUUAUCUAUACACCACUUACAAUGCAACCAAGAACGAUGUUGAAUUUACCGACAAGGGUAUGCUAGUUUUGGGUUCAGGUGUUUAUCGUAUCGGUUCCUCCGUCGAAUUCGACUGGUGUGCUGUUAACACCGCCAAGACCUUGAGAAACGAGGGCAAGAAGACUGUUAUGAUCAAUUACAACCCUGAAACCGUGUCCACUGAUUUUGAUGAGGUUGAUAGACUGUAUUUCGAAGAGCUUUCUUUCGAGAGAGUUAUGGAUAUCUAUGAGUUGGAGAACUCUGAGGGAUGUGUCAUCUCAGUUGGUGGUCAGUUACCUCAGAACAUUGCGUUGAAGCUCUUUGAGAAUGGUUGUAAUACUCUGGGUACCAACCCGGUUGACAUCGACAGUGCUGAAAACAGACACAAAUUCUCAUCUAUAUUGGAUUCGAUCGACGUCAGUCAACCAGAAUGGAGCGAAUUGACCUCCGUAGAUGAGGCCAAAAGCUUCGCCAACAAGGUCGGCUAUCCUGUAUUGGUUCGUCCUUCGUACGUCCUUUCUGGUGCUGCCAUGAACACCAUCCACAACGAGCACGAGUUGGAGGAUAAGUUGACUUUAGCAUCCGCCGUCUCUCCUGACCAUCCCGUGGUCAUCUCCAAAUUCAUCGAGGGCGCUGAAGAGAUCGAUGUCGACGCCGUCGCAUACAACGGUAAGGUAUUGGUUCAUGCUAUCUCCGAGCAUGUUGAGAAUGCAGGUGUGCACUCUGGUGAUGCUACCUUAGUCUUGCCCCCACAACACUUGAGCGAGCAAAUCAAGAACAAAUUGAAAGAAAUCGCUGACAAGGUUGCACAUGCUUGGAAGAUUACCGGUCCAUUCAACAUGCAGAUCAUCAAGCACAACGACGAUUUGAAGGUCAUCGAAUGUAACAUCAGAGCCUCCAGAUCCUUCCCAUUCGUAUCCAAAGUGCUUGGGGUGAAUUUCAUCGAAAUCGCCGUCAAGGCGUUCCUAGGCGGUGACAAAGUUCCUCAACCAGUAGACUUGAUGAGCAAACAAUACGGCUACGUUGCCACAAAGUGCCCACAGUUCUCUUUCACAAGACUGGCGGGAGCUGAUCCAUUCCUAGGCGUCGAAAUGGCUUCAACCGGUGAGGUCGCAUCUUUCGGUAAGGACGAGAUAGAAAGCUAUUGGACCGCCAUCCAGAGCACUAUGAAUUUCCACGUCCCGCUACCUCCCAGCGGCAUAUUGUUUGGCGGCGACUUGACCAAGCCAUGGCUAGGCGAAGUCAUCAGCACCAUUUCCUCUCUCGGCUUCAACUUCUACGUCGCUGACGAGUCCGCCAAGAAGUACUUGCAGGAAUACACAAACGACCACAUCACCGUAAUCGAGUUCCCAAAGAAUGACAAGAGAGCUUUGCGUGAACUGUUCCAAAAGUACGACAUCAAACUGGUUAUCAACUUGGCCUCCAAGAGAGCUGACAACACCGAUGAUGAUGAUUACGUGAUGAGAAGAAACGCAAUUGACUUCGCAAUCCCACUCUUCAAUGAGCCACAAACCUGUAAAUUGUUCGCCAAGGCUCUGAAGGCCAAGAUAGCUGAAAAAGUCAGAGUGCUCGAAUCUAACGAUGUAGUGGUCCCCAACGAAGUCCGUUCGUGGGAAGAUUUCGUCGGUUUUAAACCCGUGUAA